UGACCGCGUUUGGUAGCCUCACAAUUUAGGUACAUUUAAUAUCCAAAAGUAUAUAAAAACAAACUAAAAUGGUGGAACGCAUUGAAGACUUAAAUCUUCCUAACGCUGUAAUUGCACGUCUUAUAAAAGAAGCCUUGCCGGAAGGCUCUAAUGUAAGCAAGGAGGCGCGUGCCGCUAUAGCAAAAGCCGCGUCCGUGUUUGCCAUUUUUGUAACUUCAUCUUCGACGGCAUUGGCACAUAAACAAAACCACAAAACUAUUACUGCGAAAGAUAUACUGCAAACACUUAACGAUUUGGAUUUCGAGAGCUUUGUACCUUUGCUGUCCCAGGAUCUGGAGGUAUAUCGUAAGAUGAUCAAAGACAAAAAGGAGAGUAAGGCGAAUAGCAAAAAGGACGCAAGUACAGGAGACGCCGCUACCAGCAGCAGUAACACAUUUGCGGAUGCUAUUGAAAUGGUUACAGAAGCAUAAGCCUACAUACAUAUAUAAUAUAUACAUAUGUAGGAUAUCAAUAGGAUCCUAAAUAAAAAUAUGUGUGUUUGGAUCUUACAUUUAGUUA